AUGUCUGGAGAGUCUUUAGGAACAUCUCACAUGUGGUUGAGGAGAAGAGAUGGGAACGCAAUGAUGGCUGACAUUAUCAGUUUCUUGUACGAAGUGACCCAAGGCAAUAAUCUCGCUGUCGAUGGUCCUCCGGUCCUCAAUCCAACGAAAGGUGUCACCGGAAAGAAAGCACCCGAAGGACUGGACUACCAACCGGCGGAAAAUAAUUUAGAAAGAGUGAGGCUCGCUGCUUUUCAAUUGGUCAUACUGGUGGAAAACAUAGAAAUGGAUCAACGAUGCGAUAUCCACAGAUCCAAGGCCUGCUCCACAGGCGUUUUCUACAAGACUAGCGCCACCCUGAGGCCGAGGUGGUGGAAGGACACGAGCAACGUCCAGAUUCUGGCUUCAGGGAAUGCACCUUUCCUCGCUACUCUCCCUGCCGGCGCUCCUAAAAUGCAACUUACACGGAGUCUUCGACGGAUAUCCUGA